AUGGCUGGUCAUCGGCUGCUAAGUCAAGCAGGGCAUGGGUCCGAGACGUCAGGCGCUGCAGAGAUAUUGACAAGGUUGGACUUGAUGGCUAUGACAUUCUCUGAUUCAUCAGCGCCGUAUCCUUAUAAGUUGGCGCCGAGAACAGUGUGGAUCGAUGAGUACAUGAAGACUGCGGAGAUAGAGAGCUAUGGACAAGCUGGAACGGCGCUGCUUGGAAUGAUGAGAAGACUUAUGAUGUUGUCUGAGACGACAGUCCCAGGAGAUGAAGAGGGUGCAGCAAAAGACCUCGUGAUGCUGCAUCUUACCAUGGAGGACCUUGCCUCGUGGGAGCACAAGAUGGCCCAGUUCGAGAAGAAGCACCCAAAUCCCCACGACGAAACAGGCGCCGUGUCCAUCAGACUGUACCACACGAUGCUACGAAUGUUCCUAUCAGGCGGCGCCUUCGGCCCAGAAACACGAUGGGACCGAUACCUAGGCCACUACGAACGCAUCCUCACACUCGCAGAAACACUCUGGUCCAACACACCACCCUCCCAAGUCCAAUCCCCGCUCUCCCUGGAAUCAGGCUUCAUAGUCCCCGCGUUCGUGGUCACCCAGCGCUGCCGCCAUCCCUGGCUGCGUCGUCGCGCAAUCAGUUUUCUCUACAAGAUCAAGCGGCAAGAAGGAAUGUGGCACAGCGACGGUGCAGCAGCAGUAGGUCAGCGCAUAAUGGAGAUGGAAGGACAAAAGUACUUUCCUAGCGAUUUGGCUUCUCCUCUAGAAGCUAUGGAGGAUGUUCCUUGGGAGAUGUGGGCGGAGACGGAGGAUAUUCCUGCGAAGACGAGUUGGGCGGGUAUAGAGAGAGUUCCAGAGAGGAUGAGGAUGAGGGAAACGUUGGUUAUGGUUGAUGCAGUUGAGAAGAGGGUUGAGCUGUCGCUUAUAAUGAGCUCAGGCGAUGAUGUUGGGAUUUUUGGAGAAGUGAAGUCUGAGACUGUGGUGUUUGGGUAG